CAAUUAGUUCCUUGUAUUAACAUGGCGACACUUCCACCACGGAAAAAUCCCACACCAACCAAAAUAUCGAAACUGCAUUUAUCCCCGUUACAGAUACUAUUGCAGAUGGGCUUUCCAAAGCACAGAGCAGAGAAGGCUUUGGCUGCAACAGGAAAUAGAGGUGUGCAACUUGCAUCAGAUUGGUUAUUGGCACAUGUGAAUGAUCCAACUUUAGAUGACAACUGUCCUCGUGAAUACAUUCUGUAUGCAUGUCCAACUGGCCCAUUUCUGGAACAAUUGCAAGCAUUUUGGGAAAAAUCAUUGUCUCAGUGUGGCUGGAAUGGUGCUCACAACUUUAUGCCUCAUAUCACAUUAGUUUCAUUUUUUAAGGCACCUGAUGAAUGUGCCCAACAGCUUGCCAGAACACUGAAGCAUGUCGUGGACUUACAGCGUGUGAAUCUCUGUGAACCACUGAGACUGGAAACCUAUGUUUCACAGAAUUUUAUGGGUUUCUUUGUUGCUGAAGAACACGCAGAUCUGCUUAAAAGAAUAGCUAUGCAGUAUGUGAAAGAAGUGUCAAAUUCAAUAAUUAAUGAUAAUUAUGAACAUCUUGAUGCCCUCUCUGCUUGUUUCCCAUGGUGCACUACUGCCACAGAUAGAUAUGUACCUCGAGGAGUCAGAUCUAUUACCCUAGAACCCCAUGUCAAGUCACUUCACUUGACAUUAGCGUACCAGUUUCCACCCACACAGUUUACUGCCCUCAAGACACUUGUGGAAGAGCUAGACUCCUCUGCUCCAGCCGCUUGGGAGCUCCGACUCUACUCUCGAGAUACACGCGUUACUUCUACACAGGUCCAUAAGGUGUUGUACUCGCACAUCCCAAGGGAGUCAGAUGAAUUGGAAUUGAGGAUUGGUGACUAUAUCUGCCUGAGCAGUGAAGCUCUUAAUGCUUCACCUGAUGGGUGGGUGGAAGGCACGUCAUGGCUCACAGGUUGUAGUGGUUAUUUACCAGAAAAUUAUACAGAACGAACAGCAGAAUCUGAUGCAUGGACUCUGCACAGAACAAUACCACUGGGCAAGAUGGAGAAUUCAGGAGAUUUAGGAGGAGACAGUGUCAUGUCCUUGCUACUGCCAGCAUCUGAUGUUACUAGUGACUCAAGUGAGGAAAAGCAAGCCACCUCAGCAGUGACAGACGUCAAACCACAAAUUGAAAAAGUGAUUAUUCCUGAGCCAAUCCCAGGCCCACGUCAUAUUUACAUUAUUCGACAUGGAGAAAGAGUGGACUUUACAUUUGGAACGUGGAUUCCUUACUGUUUUGAUGAAACGGGAAGAUACAUGAAGAAGGACUUAAACAUGCCAAAAACAGUUCCAUCUCGUAAGUCAGGACCUCAAGGCUUUUUCAAGGACUGUCCAUUAACCAAUGUUGGGGUACUUCAAGCCACUCUGAUCGGAGAGGCUAUGAAGGAAGCAGGAAUCACAGUACAUCAUACAUUCUGUUCUCCAUCUCUGCGUUGUAUACAGACCUGUACUGGAGUAUUGAAAGGCCUGGGUCAAGCAGACAGCCAGCCUAUAGCUAUAGAGCCAGGUUUAUUUGAAUGGCUUGCCUGGUAUCCAGAUUCACUGCCUGACUGGAUGUCAACAAAGGAACUACAGGAAACUGGUUAUAACAUUAAACCAGAAUACAAGCCAUUUGUUCGCGCAGAAGAGCUUCUCGAUCGACGGGAGAGUACAGAACAGUUUUAUAUGCGCAGUUUCUACCUAGCACAGAGUGUCAUUAAAAGUACAGCAGACAGAGGAGGUAACAUCUUGUUGGUUGGACAUGCAGCGACACUAGAUGUAUGCUCACGUCAACUUUGUGGAGGAGCGCCUCGCACAAGCCAAGAAAUGACACGUCUCAUCCAGAAAAUUCCCUACUGCAGCAUGGCCUGUGUUCAAGAUGUUGGAGACAACAAGUGGGAAAUAAAGGAUGCCCCAUUCCCCCCAGUCACCCAUUCCAACAACAUGCGAUUUGACUGGAAAGUAUUACAAACAUAAUAUUCUGCGUAAUGUGUACAGAAUCUAAUCGUGCUUGAUCGGCUUAUUUGUGGGGAUACAAUUAUUAAAAUCCCAAUCCUGCAUUAUACUGUGUCCUUAUAGAACCAAGUUCUAGUUUCAGGCAUUCAUUAUGCAAAGCAAACAAAGAUUGCCAUAUCCCAAAUUUUCUGUCAUGUAUAAUUAGUAUAAGUAUUUGGUACUUGUGGGUUAUCAGGACACAUCACUUUAAAAACAGGUUAGGUUAGGUUA